UUCUCUGGGCAGAAAACCUUGUGGUUACAGUGAUCUUGUUCAUGCUUUUGCUCUUUCCCUUCCUCCCCUUCCCCUCUUUGUUUUUUUUCUUCUCUUCCAUUGCCCAUAUUCCUCUUUCUUUAUCCUCACAUUCAAAAAUAUCAUUGCAGCCUGUGUCAGUCUGUUUCCUUUGCAGGAGAUGGGGUUGGUUGUCUGGAGAAAAAGAUCAGUAAAUCAAAAGAAAGGGUUUUAUGCAGUUAUAAGUGUGCUCUAAAUUAAUCAGAAGAUUUACAGAAGUAGAAUUAAGAGGAGUUUAAGCGUUUUGUGGUACUUGAAACUUUUAUGGAUGCCCCUGUGCAGAUUCUGCUAAAAAUUCACUGUGAUCAUGGAACAAACUCCACAAGAGGUGGAGGAAGCUGAGCCAUGGUAUUUUCAGAAAAUGUAUGCAAGAUACUGGAAGCACUAUGAUUUGUCUGUGCGCUGGAUGCGCAGACACCAGGAGGCCUACAGAAAAGCCAUGGAGUGCUUUUAUCAUGUACCAUGGCCUCCUUAUGCAGCUUCUCCAAGUAGCCGCUACUCAGAUUGGGAUGGGGAUGACCCCCCGUGUACCCACAACCAUUUUUCCAACUAUAGCCCACGUGGCAGAGCUCAGCAGAACAUGGAUGCCCGGCCAGGGAAGGAGGAUGAUGACAGGGAGGAGGAAGAGGAAGACUCUGAAGUGGAGGAAGACUCGGAGUCCGAAGGGGAGUUUGAAUAUGACCUGAGUAACAUGGAGAUCACAGAGGAACUUCGCCAGUUUUUUGCCCAAACAGAGAGGCAUCGGGAAGAACUACGGAGACAGCAGCAACUGGAAGCUGAGCAACAAGAAAUGUACGUGGAGGCUGAUCAAGACCUUUACAGAAACAUGAAGCGUUCUGUGGAGCCACCUGCAGAAAGACCUGGGGCGAGAAGAAUGGCAGAAAUGGAGAAAUUGUACGGUGAUGAAGCUGCCAAAAUCCUAGCUAUGGAGACUGCCAUGCAGCUUAUCUUUGAUAGAAAUUGUGACAAAAAACAGCCCAAAUACUGGCCUAUUAUUCCCCUCAAGCUGUGAGUACCUGGACUGUGCUCUGACUUGGCACAGAGCUGUAGGGACAGUUGCCUCAAGCUGUACUGCUGGAAGCAUCAACUGUUCAUGUCAUUUUUGGAUGGGUUUUAGGGCAGGAUCCAGCAAAGACAAAGUGAUUUUUUUGCCCUAUGUUCCUUUAACAUCACCUGUUGUGAUGGUCAGAAUGGUCAGAAUUCAUUUACAUACAUAUCAUUGCCAAUUAGUAAAAGGGGGAGACAGUAAUUUAACUGUCUGAAGUCUGUUUCACUCAUUUGAUGUCAGCCUGCCUUGACCAUGCAGGUGAGAAAUAUGACAACAUCUAUACCUAAUGAACUGGAAAAAAUUAAUAGCAAUUACAAAAUGAAAAGGACUGUACAAAUUGUCAGCUCUUUCCAUUUAGGAAACUAAGUAGUCUUAGUUUCUAAGACUAGGUAUUCUUUAGUCUUUAUAUCUUUUUUAUAUCUCUUUAUAUCUUUUUUUAAUAUAGCAGCGUUUGGAUCCAGCUUAAUGCAACACAGCUUGAAGUGUUGUGUCUCCUAAUCUUUUGAUUUUCUUCUUUUUUUUAAUUUGAGAGCCAGGAGCCCACUGGCCAAGACACAACAUAUCAAAUUACUGUAGCUUGGCCAUUUGAAUUCUUUUUUCAAAUGCAUAUAAUAAAGCAGGAAGUUCUUCUUCAAGACUGAUACUUAUCUGGCAGGAGUUCAACUCUGACAUAAAAUUAGAUAGGAAGAUGUUUUAAUGAAGGAGAUGGGGAGUUUGGGGGAGAAACUUGAUGUGGCCCUGUCUAUUAUAGAUCUGUCCAGCAAAAGAGAUCCUUAAGAGGACAAAAUGCUUUUUGGGCAAAUGCCAACAAUUAUUUUUGUCAUUCUAAUGAAAACACCUUAUUGGUUUGAAGCUUGAAGGAAGAUAUAUCAGUCUUUAACUGCGAAGCACUGCUGUUACAUACUGCUUUGUGCUGAAGAUCUGUAGUUUGAGUUAAGCACUAUUACCAUGGCAGAGCAAGGGAACAGCACACUGUUUUAGAUGUGACUGACAUUUGUGUGCCUUUGUGCCUUUUAUCACAGCAGAGAAUGUCACAAAUUAACUUCUCAUGCCCAUUGUGUCUGGUGUUCUCUGCUACAGUCAGCUGAACCAAACCAAAUCUGAGGUGCAGUUUGGAGACUUUGUUUUUUCCUAGUAGUUACCAUGUUUUUGUAAAUCAGCAUUUUGAGUUCAGUUCUACCUCCCUCACUCCUCAUUAGAUGUGAAGAGAUGAGUUAAACACUGAAAUUAAAAUCCCCCAGUGUUCAAGACUUGUUAUGGAUAUGAUUGAUAUGAAUAACUUAGGCUUGACACACGAGGGAGGCGUGUUCUGAAUUACAGCCCUGCAUUUGUCUUAGCUCUUGUUUUUUGUUGGAUUUUGUCAGAAAUCUGGUAUUUUGUAUGGAAUUCUUUGUUGACCAAAUAAAUGUUCUUAAUGAUA